CUAGUUGUCGGAAUAGAAUUUAGGUAGCACAAGCUAUCGGCUUUUUCGGCAGUGCAGAAACAUGGGAAAGGUGUAGAUGUUGGCUUAGUUGCUAUUUUAUUUCAUGAUGUCAAACAAAGAAGUGAAAGCUGCACUAAAGAGUGCAAGAGAAGCAAUCCGAAAUAAGGACUACAAAGAUGCCCUGAAACACUGCAAAGCUGUGUUGAAGCUCGAGAAGAAUAACUACAAUGCCUGGGUGUUCAUUGGUGUGGCAGCUUCAGAGAUGGAUCAACCUGACCAGGCUCAGACAGCAUACCGGAAGGCUGCAGAGCUAGAGCCGGAACAGCUACUGGCUUGGCAAGGUUUAGCAAGUCUGUAUGAGAAGAGUGAUCAGCCAGCUUUCAAAGAAGAGCUGCCCGAAAUAUACCAGAAACUACUGAAGCUGUAUGAGAGUAAUGAUAAACAGAAAUGGUGUGAAGUCAGCAGAAAGCUGGCUGAUGUGUAUCAUCAAGAAAGGAAGUAUGAUGAGUUGGCUAGAGCAUGGCAUAAAUUGAUCAAAGUCAGGCAGGAGGAAGGAGCAGGCGAUGAAGAACUACAUGAGCUCUGGAAGAAAAUGACCAAGUUGCUCUCUGAUAAUGCUGAGGAACAGGACAAUGAAAUUCAAGAACUAUUGGUAAUUGCCUUUGAAAAUGCUCUUAGUACUUCGAAGAUAAUUCCCAGUGAUGAGCACCAGAAACUUUAUUCAGAAUUUAUAUCUUUCCUAUCAAAACUGCCUCAUAAAAAAAGCAGAUUACAAAGAGCUUGUGAAGCCAUGACAGCUGACUACCCUUCUGAGCUUUUCCCUCAAGAAGCUCUCAGCUUGUACUUUAUUCAAUCAGGAUGUUCCAGUUCAGAGGCUAAGUUGUGUUAUUCCAGGCUUCAUGAAAUAGACCCCAAAAGUGGACCUGGUAACAUUGGCCUUGGAAUAUGUGCUUUUUAUGAUAAGAAGUAUGAGGAAUCUGCCAAGAGUCUGGCACAAGGACUAAAACAGAACAUCUCCUGUACAGUUGCCUGGUAUUACUUGGCACAAGCCCAGUUGAAAAUGCACAAAUAUGAAGAUGCCAUUAGAGCAUGCAACCAAGCUUUAAAAUUGUCUACUCGGAAAGAUAUGCAUGAAAGUGAUAACCGUCAGAGGAACAUUGCUCUUCAGCUGAAGGCAGAGGCCUUGGUUGGCAGUGGUAGAGCCGAUUAUGUAGAAGAGGCCAUUCAGACACUGGAUCAGCUUCCAGAUGUUCUCAAUGAUCCUUUGCUACUGGCUCUCAAGUGUCGAGCUCAUCUUAACAAGAUGCAGUAUGAUGUUGCUUUUAAGCUUACAGCAAAACUUCUAACAUCUCACUCAGAAAAAGGAGAAGCAUAUGCUGUGAAGGGCCUACUGUGUUACUCUCAGAAGAAAUAUGAUGAAGCAGAAGAAAGUUUUCAGAAUGCUUUGCAAAGGAAGCCUGAUACAGCAGAUUACUAUUUUUAUCUUGGACUAAUUUACUGGUUUAUGGGUGAAGAGACCAGAAGAGACAAGUCAAAAGCCCUAACACAUUUUCUGAAGGCAGCAAAGUUGGACCCCUACAUGGGGAGAGCAUUUUAUUACUUGGGGCAGUACUACAGAGAUGUAUCACUGGAUAAAAGUAGAGCUCGUGGUUGUUACAAAAAAGCUUUUGAACUGGAUGGAAGUGAUGGAGAAGCAGGAGCAGCAGCUGUCGACUUAAGCAUGGAACUGGAAGAUAUGGAUACCGCUCUUACAAUGCUAACUUCAGUAAUAGAGAAUGGAAGGGCAGGGACUACAAAAUGGGCUUGGCUGCGACGUGGACUUUACAAUUUGAGAAUCAAUCAGCACUCACAGGCAGUAGUUGAUUUACAGGCAGCCCUAAGAGCUGAUCCAAAAGACUCAAUUUGUUGGGAAUGCUUAGGAGAAGCUUACCUGAGCAGAGGAGGCUAUACCACUGCACUGAAGUCUUUUAUCAAAGCUAGUGAGCUCAACCCUGGGUCUAUCUAUAGUAUGUACAAGAUAGCAGCAAUCAAGCAGGCUGUGGGUAAAUACAAGGAAGCUGUUGCAGAAUACCAGCUGAUCUUAACUCGAGUCAAGGAAUAUGUGCCAGCUGUAAAAGGUUUGGGAGAAUGCUAUCUCAUGCUAGCAAGAAAUGCAAUUGUGGAUCAUCUAGACAAAACGGCUGCAGACUGCCUGGAACAAUCACUUGACUUUUUUACCAGGGCUGUAAAGCAUCGUCCUGAUGUCUCUUGUCUAUGGAAACUUCUUGGAGAUUCAUGUACCACUGCAGAGGCCAUUUCUCCAGGAAAUGUUAAUGUCAGUGUUCCAGGCCUUCUGUUUGGUCAGGUUGAGAAAGACCAGAAGCAAAAACUGGACAAGUUUGAACUACUUAAGCUAGGAGGAAGAUGUUAUGGCCGAGCUAUUAAACUGAGUUCUUCUUCUAAUUUGUGGUGUGAUGUUGGCAUCAACUAUUACCAUCAAGCACAGCAUCUCUCUGUAUAUGGAUGCAGCAAUGAGACAAGUGAGCUUCUUGAAAAGUCUUUGCAGUGUUUGAAAAAGGCAGUGAUGAUGGACAGUGGAAAUCAUCAGUACUGGAAUGCACUGGGAGUAGUUGCCAACUGCAAGGGUAUUGGAAAUCAUGCACUGGCACAACAUUCGUUUAUUAAAUCUAUUCAAGCAGAACAGAAUAACACAGUUGCGUGGACAAACUUAGGGGUUCUUUACCUGCAGGAAGGAAAUGUCGAGCUUGCUCAUGAAGCUUUCAAGGUGGCCCAAUCACUAGAACCAUCGUAUGUCAACUGCUGGAUAGGUCAGGCACUUAUUGCAGAGUCUGUAGGUAGUUAUGAGACCAUGGAUCUAUUUAGGCACACCACUGAACUUGGCAUGCAUACAGAAGGAGCAAAAGGUUAUGGACACUGGGUAUGUGCCACACUGCAAGAUAAAACUAACAAGAACUCAGAGCUGUACCGUUACAACAUCCUGCAGAUGAAUGCUAUUUCUGCUGCACAGGUUGCCUUGAGCAAAUAUACAGAGAGAAUUCAGAAUGAUGCAACAGCAUUUACAAUGUUAGGGUUUCUAAAUGAGUACCUGAAUCUGAAAAUCCAAGCAUCAGAAGCGUACCACAGGGCUGUUACUCUACUGAAAAAUGCUGGUGAUCAAGAAAGACUUAACUUUGCAUCAAGAAAUUAUGGGCGAGCUUUAUGUGCCAUUGGUCAAUAUGAUAGAGCUAUUAAUGCUUAUAUGUCAACUACGCUUUCAGAGUUUGAUGGUAUUUGUGGGCUUGCAUUGGCUUACUACAAAAAGGGGCUUUUUAAAGACAGCAUCAAGGCUUAUGAGAAAGCAUUGUCUCUUACUACCUCUGAGCAGGAGAAAGCUCAUGUGCUGACAGCCCUUGCAAUAAUUGAAUAUAAGCAGAACAAACUGGACAAUGCCAGGACUUUGCUUUUUAAAUGCUCCAUGUUAAAAGAACCUAACAUAGAAAGCCUCCAGGCUCUUUGCACACUAGGUUUGGCAAAGCGGGAUGUUACUCUUUCUUCGGCAGCCUUGAAUGAACUGCUCAAACACCUGAAAAAGGGUGACUGUGUUUAUGAAAAAUGCCUUCUUUCAUGUGCCUUGUUCUCCUUGCAAGGAAGGAACAUAACUGCUCAGAGACAAGCCUCCAAAGCAGUUCAUAGCAAUCCUGGGGAUCCGGUUCUGUGGACUCUGCUUUCCAGGGUAGUACCUCAUUGUGCACCACAGAAGUCAAAGGGUGGAGCUGUUGCCGGACAAGUUGCUCAGAAUCUUAAUUUUAAUCAUGCCAAGGCUCUUCUGUACAGUGGUGUGAACCAUCUGGCAAUGGGUAGGCAUUUUUCACAGCACAAGUACAAUAACUCACUAAAGAUGGUCCAGAGAGCUGCUCUUCUUUUCCCAGAUGAUCCUGCUGUUUGGAGUGGUCUGAUUGCUGCUUGUCACACUGAAACUUCAGCAUGCUACCUGACAGGAAAGAAGCCUAAACAUACAGGUUUAGAGUCUGCACUUGCAACAGCUGUCACAACUAAUGUUGAAACAGCUAAGGACCUUCCAGCUACUUACAUCCAGGCUUUUAAGAGCUGGUCACUGUGGCAGGCUAUUACAGCAUCAAAGCAAACAGGAAAGAUGUCAAACACCGAAGCUUUGUGUACAAAGGCUUUGAAAAGUCAUCCCAACGACUCUUUGUUGUUGCUGAAGAAGCAGAUCCACUGUGAGCAACUCCUUCAGUCUGGUAAACCACUGUCUGGUAGCAUGUUAGAAGAACUGAAGAAAGCUGUCAAAUCCAAUUUCUCUUCGGUAUCAGCUUGGCAUUGGUUGGCAGAAAUAUACAAGACCCAAGACAUGAUGGCUGCAGCAGAGAUGUGCUACAGACAAAGUCUACAAGUGGCCUCCCAGCAGGGCAGCUUAAGUGGAAAGUUAUCAAGUUUGCUUCGGUUGGCACAGCUGGCUCUUACUGUUUGCAUGGCAAAAGUUCGCAGUGAUCACUGGCCAGCUCUUGUUCAGGAGGCCACAAAUGAAGCACUGAAAAUUUCCAGUUGUCCUCUUGCACUUCUGUUUCAAGCACUGUUACAGUUUAUCCAAAAAAUUGGAGCAAGAGAUACACGGCGAAUGUUAGAGAGAGUAGUCUAUCAGCCCGAAUAUCCUGAAACUGUUACUUCAGUUGCACGUUGGUACUUGCUUCGACACUUGCACUUCAAAAAUGAUUAUGAACUUCUUGAUGUUUUACUGAAAAAUGCCAAGGCUAAUGGAGAUACCAAAGUCCUAGAACUCCACAAGGAGCUUUCAGCAGCAUAACACUUAUUAGCAUACUUCAAGUUCCUCGGCCAGUGGACACUCUUAGUCUUCACUUUAGUCAUUAUCUGGUCUGCUGUCAUUCGUUAUUCAGCUAGAGCUACCCAUUUUCACUCUGGUUUUCUAUCACAUCAUUGCAUACAUACCAUUUUCACUCUGGUUUUCUAUCACAUCAUUGCAUACAUAUGUUUGACUUUCACUGAAUAAAAGCAUAAAACAAAUCGA